AUGGCCGAACAAAUCCGCCCCACCUCAUCAAAAAUCAGGCGUAUAGAGCGUGACAGUAAGCCUCGUCCAAGCAAAGAGCUAGCAUUUUUAUUCCAAAAGCGUAAAAGUAAAUCUCGCAUUACAAGUCCACUUGGCUCAAACAAGCAAACUCCAGACUCAAGCCGAUCUCCAUUAUUUAGAGUAAAUAAAGAGCCUUCUUCACAUCCGCCCCCUCGGCAGGAUUCUCCUAACUAUUCCAGUCUCCUUUCAAAAUACCUUGAAAAUGCAUUAAAAGAAGCAUCAUCUCGUAAGAAUUCCCCACAAGUUGCAGAACGUAAAGACUCUGAGCGAAAAGAUGCAAAUUCCCCUAUAUCCUCACGAGUAGAAGCAAAGCCAAGCCACAAGCGUGUGAAGUCUGAAAUAGCGAAAAUUGAGAUUGCGGCUGUUUCUCCACAUGUCCCGAAACGUGAUAUGAUAACUCCUAGUAGCAUAAUUCAAGAGCAGCCGUCGUCAAGAAAACUUUCCCUUGAUCAAAUUUCUAAGGACUUAUUAGAUGACUCACAAGAAGAAACUAUGAAAAGGACACAUAAAAGGAAUAACAGUGAGGCAAACUCUGCUAUAGUAAAUAUCCCAUCCACAAAUAGAAGCUUAGGAAACAGCUUUGAGAAGCAAGAAGCGUCUAAAAAAGAAGCAGAAGAGAAGGAGAGAGAAAUGCUGAUCCAGAACAUUAUUUUGAAUUUUAGAAAAAAGGGACUCCCACCACCGACUAGUGUGGAUUUUUAUAGGUUUGGAAAACAGCUGGGGAAAGGAGCGUUUGGGAAGGUGUAUUUAGGGCUGCAUAGGCUGACGGGGCUGAAAGUGGCUAUAAAGACGAUUGAUAAGUCGUUUAUAAAAGAUGAAAGGACAAGGAGGAAAGUCUUCCAAGAAGUUUUUGUAAUGAAAAGAGUGCACCAUCAAAAUGUAAUUAGACUAAUGGAAGUGUUUGAAUCAACAAGACAUUUAAUGAUUGUAUUAGAAUACUCAGGUGGAGGAGACUUGCUGCAAUUAGUCAAAAAUAGAGGCAUUAACAUUAACAUUAAUACGUAUAUAACAGUUCACGGUAAUUUCCACCGAAGGGCCUACCUCCACCCCUAACGCUUCGCUCAACUGCUCACCACCAACUGUCUCGCGGCCUUCAAAGCUUCGCUCCUACAGACGAGGAUGUGCAUUCGCUACCUGUAGUCGGAUGAGUUGUGUCAUCUUGCCGUACGCCAACUGAGUUGCCUUUUCCGAAUAUUCAAAAGGUCGAAUUUUCUUGUCGGGCAGUCGACCAAAAUGGAAAUCCAAAGCUUGGGACGUAACGCCCAGCAUCGGCUGGAGAAAAGCCCGAUGGACCAAGUAGUAAACCUUGGUGCUACUGAGCCACUCCUUUCUAACCAAAUACCAUUUCCUCAAGAGGCAAAAACUUGGCCUGGAAUGAGCUGCGGUUGGCCAAAUUCAAUAUUGCGCUCCACCAAACCAAGUAAAAUCUGGCCGGAUAUACAAUCCGAGCGCCAAUCUCCCUUCCACGAGGUCCCCGCCGCACUUUGGGACGUCGGCAACAGGUGUUAAAAAAGGGUUGGUUCACCAUUGCCAUUUUCAUGUAUAAGUCAAAAAUAGAGGCAGACUUCCAGAAAGCGAGGCAAAAGCUAUUUUCGGACAAGUUGUAGACGGGGUUGAAGCCUGCCAUAACAAAAACGUUAUUCACAGAGAUAUUAAGCUUGAUAAUAUUCUACUAACCACAGAUUUCAACUGUAUCAAAAUCUGUGACUUUGGAGUCAGCCGAGUCGUCAAACCUGGUGAAAAAAUAAACGAGCAAUGCGGCACACCUGCUUAUCUCGCUCCCGAAAUAAUCGCAGACAGAGGCUAUGAGCCCUUUUACGUCGACAUCUGAAGUAUGGGUGUCUUGCUCUACGCCAUGGUCUGCGGAACAGUCCCAUUUAAAGCCAAAACCCUGCCUGAUUUACACAAAUUAAUCCUUAGGUGUAAAUAUCAUAUGCCCUCAAAUUUAUCCCAAGAAAUCCAAGACCUCAUAAGAAGGAUGCUAAAUCCUAUUCCCCACCAAAGAAUCCAGCUCAGUGAAAUAAAGCAGCACCCUUGGUUUUCAGCGCCUGACUAUGAAAGCUGCUUUGAAGACUCAGCAUCACCUAGGUUUACUGGAUCAUUUGCAGCGAACCCAUUACAGAAAACAAAUAAAAAGACUAUCCUGACCAAGCUGUUUCAGCUGGGAUUUCCUACAGAUUUUGUAGAACAAAGCAUGAAGUAUGGAGACAUCAAUCAUGCGACAGCCACCUAUCAGCUUUUAGAGUUAAAUCAAUUGUAG